AUGUCAUCAACAGUUAGGGAUCACAGGAUGAUUCGCCGAAUGACAAGCCUUCCACGAAGCUUAAUGAGCUUCGUGGGAAUAGGAAGAAGAAGAAGAAAUCAAAAUGUGAAUUUUUCGAUGCAACAACCUCUAGGCUCUCCACAACCACAAGAUUUUUUAGCAACUUCAGAAGAGUGGACUUUUCUAGACAGCUUUGAGCAACAAUAUGGCUCCAAACAUCCUUUCUUUUAUGCUUGUCGUUUUGUCGAAGCUAUGAAGUUAGCAGAACAAGAUCAAAAGUUUGUGUUCGUGUAUCUUCAUUCACCGGAUCACCCUUUUGCAAACGUGUUCUGUAAGGAAACGCUGUGUUCGGAGCUAGUGAUUCAGUUUCUUGAUGUGAAUUUUGUUUGUUGGGGCGCACUUGCAGAUAGAGGAGAGGGCUUGCAAAUGGCUUCAACAUUGAGACCUUCUAGCUUUCCUUGUUGUGCUGUCAUAACCCCUGCUCAUAGUGGUAGCAUAAUGGUGCUGCAACAGCUAGAGGGACCACUCUCACCAGCAGAGCUAGUGGAGAUUCUACAAACAACAUUGGAAGAACAAGGGUUGGCUUUUGGUGGUGCUAAAGCUAAGCGAGAUGAAAAGAUUCGAGCAGAUCGUAGGCUCAGAGAAGAACAAGAUGCUGCAUAUCUUAAGGCUUUGCAAAUUGACAAGGAAAAAGAAAAGCUCAGAAGCUUACCCUCGAAAGAGAGAGUUCAGAAGUCAGUGGAAACUCAGAACACCAGAAGUUAUGGGAAGUUAAACAUCAAUCCCAUCAAUGUCAGUAAAUCUCAUAAUCAAAACAAAACAGGAAAUGAACCAACUGGUGAGAAAAAAGACAAGGGAAUUGCAGGUAGGGGGAAAGAUACUCAAGUUGCACAGAUACUGAUAAGGUUUCCAAAUGGGGAAAGAAGAGAACAUAGUUUCCUAUGCGCUGACAAAAUUCAGACCAUUUUCUCAUAUGUUGAUUCAUUAGGUUUGUCAGGACUUAGGAACUAUAGACUGGUAUCAAAUUUUCCUAAAAGAGUUUAUGGUGUUGAUCAAAUGAGAAUGACUCUCAAAGAUGCUGGUUUGUAUCCUAAAGCUAGUUUGUUUUUGGAGCCUUUGUGA